GGCAGUGAGCGGGCGGAAGCGCUGGGCUGGGGCGCCAUGAGGGGCGCCGGGAGCAGCGCAGCCAUCCGCGCUUUGGCCGGCCCCCUCCUUCUCCCGCUCCCGGCCCGGCUGCCCCCGGCUCCUCGCAGAGGUUUUGCUGCCACGUUCAUUAGGAAGUCAUAUGAUGUCAGAAGGGUUGAUAUCACUCCCCUGGAGCAGAGGAAGGUGACUUUUGAUACCCAUGCUUUAGUGCAGGAGCUGGAAACCCAUGGCUUUGGGAAGGAGCAAGCACAGACCAUCGUGUCGGCGUUGAUAACCCUGUCCAAUGUCAGCUUAGACACCGUCUAUAAGGACAUGGUUACACAGGCCCAGCAGGAAAUAACUUUACAGCAGAUAAUGGCACAUUUGGACUCCAUUCGAAAAGAUAUGGUCAUCCUGGAGAAAAGUGAAUUUGCAAACUUGAGAGCAGAGAAUGAGAAAAUGAAAAUUGAAUUAGAUCAAGUUAAACAGCAGCUAAUGACUGAAACUGGUAAAAUCCGAGCUGACAGCAAGCUAGACAUAAACCUGGAGAGGAGCAGGGUGACAGAUAUGUUUACAGAUCAGGAGAGGAAACUGAUGGAAGCAACUACAGAGUUUCAUAAAAAAGAUGCAAAUACCAACAGCGUUAUCUCAGAAAUCAGUAAUAAAAUUGACACUGAAAUAGCCUCCUUAAAAACGCUCAUGGAAUCGAAUAAACUUGAUACCAUUCGUUAUUUGGCAGCUUCAGUGUUCACUUGCCUAGCGAUAGCACUGGGAUUUUACAGGUUCUGGAAAUAGAUAUACAUGGAAUGACUGCACUAAAUACAGACAGAAAAGACCACCCAGACAACACCACUUUGAUGACCAUGUUUGUGCUGUAGAUAACCUCGGUACCUUUUUGUUUUGGUAUUCUUCCUGUAUAAUAAAAAUGUUUUCUGAAUAUGUAACACUAAAGAUCAAAAUAUUUGGGGGGAAAGUAGCCAGAUAGUAAUAUUUCAUUGCCUCCUAUUCAAUACUGUAUUUAUUUCAAAGUAUUUCUUAUGCUAUACCAGAAAGUUUCCUAAUAUUUUUUAGAAUUAAAUUUGUUUUCUUUUUGGAAAAUUCUCACUGUCAUCUCUUUUCAAGAUGGAAAUAUUAAACAUUUUAUAUGCCCUUGAAAUGGGAAUACAGUUCCCAAAUUAGGGGAUGCUAAUACCAGACUUCAACAUAUCUAAUCUGAUCCAAGUAAAUUAGUCUUAAACAUAGGUUCUGGAUUUUGCCUUUAAUCUGUUCCUCACUUCUUUGAUGAAUUGAAGCUUGGCCCUUUGGGGUUUUUUAUCUACAUACAUAAAAACACACUCCAAGGCCUUUACUAAAGAACCCUUUUUUUUUUUUCCUUGAAAACUGGUUUACAUUAAUUUAAAAUCUCAUGUACAACUACCCUGUCUCCAUGGAUUUAUUUUAUUUAGUAUCUCCUGCAAUUUCUGUAAGCGCAGAGGUCAAAAGAAUGGGAAAACUUCUCUGUCUUCACCUUUUCAGGGGAAAAUGCCUCCACUCUCAGCAACUGUGUACAGCCCUGGGGCCGAUGAGUGCUCUUAACUUCCCCCCCUCAAGUAGCACAAAGUAUUUCCAAGAAACCAGCUCAUAUUUCCUGGGCACCGUACCUGGCUUUUAACAUGGAAAUACUCAGCAUCUCAGUGGUGCCAGGGUGGUGGUGGUGGUGAUCAUGCUCAUCCUCUCCACUCCUCCAGACUGUUCUGUAAUCCUGUGGGACACACUGACCUUCCUGACCACUCUGCCUUCUGCAAGGACUUGACAACUCUUGUUGCAGAGUUGCAACACAGCUGAAGGGUGGAUGCCUUCCAAAACUGAAGCAGUUCUGUCUUGUUGAGUGCAAAUGUGUAUGCUUGGUUUGAUUCUUUUAGUAAAAUGAUAAUUCUUAAAAAGUCUUUCUGGAUUAACUUUGAAGUAAGAAUAGGCCUUUUAUGGGCUAAGGACUACGUAGUACUGACUAGUGGCAAUUUUUUUAUUGCUGUUUUAUUCUGUUUACAGUUGAACUUGCUGGUAUUCUGCCAAUUCUUAUAUUCACAGCAUUAAAUUAUUUAUCAUCUUCAUUCAAAAACAUAAAAUAAUUUCUUAUAUUUGCUGUCUGGCUA